AUGGAAGAUAUUACAAUAAGCGUUAUUCUUUCUAUCCAUUUAUCUCUGCCUGUCCAGUAUCUAUCUACCUAUGCCUGUCCAGUAUCUAUCUACCUCUGCCUGUCCAGUAUCUAUCUACCUCUGCCUGUCCAGCAUCUAUCUACCUCUACCUCUAUCCUGUCCAGUAUCUAUCUACCUCUGCCUGUCCAGUAUCUAUCUACCUCUGCCUGUCCAGUAUCUAUCUACCUCUGCCUGUCCAGUAUCUAUCUACCUCUGCCUGUCCAGUAUCUAUCUACCUCUGCCUGUCCAGUAUCUAUCUACCUCUGCCUGUCCAGUAUCUAUCUACCUCUGCCUGUCCAGUAUCUAUCUACCUCUGCCUGUCCAGUAUCUAUCUACCUAUCUGUCUCUGCAUGUUCAUAUCUGUGUAUCAAGUCAUAUCUAUCACACUAUCUCUACCUGUUAUCUAGUUGUAUCUAUCUAUUGCACUGUCUCUGCUUGUUCCCAUCUAUCUAUAUCUAA